GAUCUACAUUUUCAGUCUUUUCUAAGUUUGACGUGAAGUAGUGAGUGGUGUCCGCAUGACUCGUGCCAAGUAGAAAUAGUCACCACCAGCUAUUUAACAUCUUGAAAAAUGGCUCGGAAAAAACUUAAAUGGAAGUUUCCAUUCUUACUGUACCUAUUACUACUAAGUGUGUUUGUCAAAUCAUUACCAGUGAACCGAAAAGUGCAAGAAAUACCCGUGGUAACAACUACAGACUCUUUUAUUCAUGAAAAUUCACAUUAUCCAAAAGUAGGUGAUCUGACUAACGAUAAUCAUUUUGUUGAAAAAGAGACUGUUCAAUUGAUAGAGGCCGAAAUAAAGAAAUCUGAAGUGGUUUCAAAUAAAAAUGUAACUCAAAAUAUUCAAAAGAACACAACAAAAGCCGUUUCUUCUCUUCAGCGUAUAAAUUUAAGGCCAGGUUUGACUGUUAAAAGCUAUGACAUAUUGCUUACUAUAAACGGUGACAGCUUUGAUGGUUUAGCAUUAAUCCAAGUGGAUGUAUUAGAUGGUACAAGAGACAUUCCUAUUAUAUUCCACGUUGAAGAUUUAACAGUGAGCCAAGUGGAGUACGGAGCUUUCAACCCCACAGGAGUUGGUUUUUUUGUUGACGAUGGGAAACUGGAAAUAAUUACCGAUUCGAAUAGAGCUUCAUACACAUUUCGCAUAACUUACAGCGGAAAGUUACAGGAAAAUGGUUUCGGACUCUACCGUGGGCGGUACAAUGGCGACGUAUAUUAUGCAAUGAAUCUGCACCCAAGUAAUGCAAGAAGGGUAUUCCCAUGUAUAGACGAGCCCGACGUGGAGGUUCCUACAAUACAAUUUACCAUCGACAAUUUACCAACGACGAAUGUCAAGGGAAGCUCACAGGUCGAAAUCGUAGAUCGGAAAGCAACCUUCAAUACGGUGUUAGGAGCACACCACCGUCUAGGAAUGGUAGCACACAACUUCCAAAAUGUUAACAAUCCAAUCCCAAACAAUAUUCUUCAACUAUACUCUCGAGUUACUGGUCAAGAUGCUGAGGCUUCCCAAAUUUUGUCAUUUGUUUUCCCACAAAUGGAAGAGUGGACAGGAAAACCGUUUGCAUCCAUCCAAGACGGUCAGAACGAAGCGGCAGCCGUCAUCGCCAUGCCAGACGUAGUCAACACCUGGCACGUUUUGUCGACGAUAUGUAUUUGGGAGCCAUACAUAAUGAUGCCACUACGACAUGGCGUAACACAACGAAGUAAAGCGUUAAUUGAAAUUUCCAAAGGUGUUGCUAAUCAAUGGUUUGGUUAUGUCAUAUACCCUAAUAAUUGGCAAUUCGCGUGGGUCAACAUCGGGCUCUCAACAAGAACGGCUUAUGAAAUGGCCAGACUAUUCCAAGGAGAACCGGCUCCAGAUACGGACACGACAAACAUCGAUGUUAAUACCCUGUUCGUUACUGAAAUCAUCCAAGAGGGAUUAUACCGUGACGCGUACACCAGCGCUCUCCCUCUUGAAAAAGGAGAGAAUAUAUUUGAUGAAGCCGACAUAAGAGAUGCAGUUUAUGGUAUAGCUCAAUAUAAAGCCCCAGCAAUACUGCAUAUGCUGAGUAACGCAAUGGGCAAUCCUAAAGAGGAGGGUGUUAGUAGCUACAUUCAAGCAGCAUCAAGGAUACUAUUGAACCAAAGAUCCCUUCAAUCCUACACUUCUUCCAACCUCUACGACGCUCUGUCCGAGGUGCCCGGGGACAACGUGCUGGUCAACGACGUGGGGGACUUCCUCGAGCCGUGGACCCGAAGCGCACACUACCCCGUCAUCAGCGUCACCAUGUGGAGUAGCUCCGUGUCUUUGAACCAGGAAACAUUCGGGUUUGGUUCGGUACCUACGAUGACAUACCCGAUUCCGAUAUCAUACACGACCAGUAUAACGCCCAACUUCAACAACAUCCAACCACAGUUUGAUAUUGAAAACACACGAACAAUCAGCGUCACACUUGAUGAAGAUGACUGGAUAAUACUUAAUAUCCAAGGACAAGGUUAUUACAGAGUAAACUAUAACAAUGAUUUAAUGGAUCGAAUUCUGGAAGCCUUACAAGAUCCCGAAAGAAGAGAGGUCAUACAUCCACUCAACAGGGCCACUCUUGUAGAUGAUACGCUGAAUCUAGCGCGAUCAGGCAGAGUGGUUUAUGACACAGCUCUGCAACUAGUGCUGUCGAUGGAACAUGAGACCAGCUAUGCUCCGUGGAGAGCUUACGUCAGAAAUAUGAAAUUCCUUUGGUGGAGACUUGAGGCACACGUAAUGUUUGAUGAUGAUCGUCCUGAUGAUAUUUACCAGAGAAUGCUGAGAAGAACCCUGGUAGCGUUUGAAAGAGAGAUAGGCUUUAGUCCAGAGCCUCUGAUUAUCGAAGAUGCGAUGACGUCAAUGACUCGAGGCCUGGUCAUGGAUCACGCGUGCAAAGCUGGCUACCAGCCGUGCAUCGCCGCUGCGGUCGACUGGUUCUACGAUCCCAGUGCUCCUGAACCAGAAGUGAACCCUAACAUCCCGUUCGAUAUUCGGCCAGCAGUUUACUGUACCAUGAUGAGGGAAGGUGACGAUCAAGCCAGGAAUACUCUCACUAGGGCCUUAUUGGCAGAAAAUAUUCAUUACGAACGCCUGGUCAUCAUCAAGUCCCUCGCCUGUACACGCGACGAAGGUUUUUUGUUGAAUGUCCUGCGCUCGAACAUCAUCGAUGGCUACGAGCUGGGAGUGGAAGAGCGAGUGGAGUUCUUCAAGGCCGUGAUAGAGUCCAGCAUCAUGAACGCGGAACUAGCACUCCGGUUCAUCAGGGACAACACCAUCUUAAUAAGAAACACAUACGGUGGAACCGUCAAGCUCAUGGAAAUUAUUUACCACCUCGCAGAGCACGCGUUCGAUGAAGGCUUCACUGAUAAUUUACGUAACUGGAUCAACGACAGAAACGUAGACCUCGGAGAGGUGGAAGGCUUCGCCGCGAGAGCCCUGAAACUUGCCGAAGACAACACGGCGUGGGCCAACGCCAACCUGGACAUCGUCUACGAGUGGAUUGACGAGAACGAUGCCCACACCAUCGUCGUCUCGGCGACUUUGUUGAUUGUUUCACUUAUGGUCACAAUCUUCAAUUACUAGCAGAGGGUUUAGUUUGGAAACGUAGCUUGUUAAGUUUUGUAUUAUUUUAAAUAUUUUUUCAUAUAAUCUAAAGUAGGUAGUAAUUAAGCAUUAGUUAACUUUAUGGUACUUAGAAUUAACCAUUCACUAAUAGAACUUGAAUCGGUGAUGAUUUUCUGUCCUUUGUUAGACAGAAAACUAUUUUUUUUAAACUUGAAUUCGGAGUUUGUUUAAAAAUAUGUUGUGUAAGUAGGUAUAGUUGUCAGUUUAGAAAAGGAUGGUAAUUUUGGAGACUUCUUAUUAUCGUAAAAGAUAAUAUUGACUGUUUCGGAAAGAAGUUAUUUGGUCACGUUACAUUACAUGAAAUGUAAUGACAAUGUUGGAUUAAUAAAUUUAUAUACUUAUACUAUAUUAUAAUUACAAAGGUAUUUUAAUAUUUUAUGCCAAUAUAGAUAAAGGCAUGAAUGUUUUAGACAUAGUUUAGUAAACAUCGAAUUUGUAUACGUAAUUCUUAGAAAGUUAUGUACUAGUAUAAACUAUUUUAAUCAUAGUUAUAGUGAGGGUAUAAUUACCUAGCACUAGUUUUAGUAUAUUCACAUAAUAAUUAUCUUAUAAUGUUAAUUAAGUAGAAAAAAGUAAAUAUUUUACUCAACAAAAUUGCACGAUGAAAAUGUAUAAAUAUAAAUUUAAUGAUGUAGGUAAGUAGGUACUUUUUAAUCAUUGUAAGUAAUAUUUAAGUUUUAACAUUUAAUAGUAAGCAUAAUAUAGUAUAUUACUCCUAUGUUAAUCGUAUUUGAUAAGUUUUUUUACUUUACAUUUUCACUCAUAGGCUUUAAAUUAAAACAUUUAUAAGGGGUAGGUAUUGUGGUAUAUUUAGUUUUAAAUAAAUGUCGUAUAUAUGAAGCAAACGCGUCCUCUUGCUUUAUAUAUACCUACAUUUGACAUAAGUACAUGAAUAUAGUAAUUAUUAAUUAUUUUAAAUACUUAUUUAAAUUAACUUACGUUACCUUAUAUGAGGUGAUUGUGUUAUAUCUUGUAUCACUUUAGAAUUAAUAGAAAUAGCUAUCGAAGAGAGCUUGUGUAAAAUAAAAUCAAUAAAUAUUAAUUGUUAUAUGUACCUACAUAUUACAAUUCUAAUUAAAUAUUAUCGUAAGCAA